CCUCCGUGCGCGGAGGCUCCGGCAGUUCCAGCCGGAAAUCUUUGCGUUCUGAACAGACCUGGUGGCUUGAGAUUCACACCAGCACAAGUUUGCAGAAUGCCCCACAAGAUUGGAUUUGUAGUUGUCAGCUCAUCUGGACAUGAAGAUGGCUUUAGUGCCCGAGAACUCAUGAUCCAUGCACCAACUGUCAGUGGAUGGAGGUCACCAAGAUUUUGCCAGUUCCCACAAGAAAUUGUUCUUCAAAUGGUGGAGAGAUGUCGAAUAAGAAAACUACAGUUACUUGCUCAUCAGUAUAUGAUUUCAAGUAAAAUUGAGUUCUAUAUUAGUGAAAGCUUACCUGAAUACUUUGUACCGUAUCAAGCAGAGCGGUUUCGAAGACUUGGCUAUGUCUCUCUCUGUGAUAAUGAAAAGACAGGUUGCAAAGCCCGGGAACUAAAAUCAGUUUAUGUGGAUGCAGUAGGGCAAUUUCUUAAGUUGAUUUUUCACCAAAACCAUGUCAAUAAAUACAACAUAUAUAAUCAGGUUGCUUUGGUUGCAAUAAAUAUUAUUGGAGACCCUGCAGAUUUCAAUGACGAAAACAAUAUUACCUCUAGAGAGAAGCUGAUUGACCAUUAUCUUGGACACAACACUGAAGAUCCAGCUCUAGAAGGAACUUAUGCUGGGAAAUCUGACUAUAUUUCUCCAUUAGAUGACUUAGCUUUUGAUAUGUACCAAGAUCCAGAAGUUGCGCAGAUUAUACGCAAAUUAGAUGAAAGAAAACGUGAAGCUGUCCAAAAGGAACGUUAUGAUUAUGCCAAGAAACUGAAGCAAGCUAUUGCUGAUUUGCAAAAGGUUGGGGAGCGCCUGGGAAGGUAUGAGGUAGAAAAACGCUGUGCUGUGGAGAAAGAAGACUAUGAUCUUGCCAAAGAGAAGAAACAGCAGAUGGAGCAGUAUCGUGCUGAGGUGUAUGAGCAGCUGGACCUCCACAGCCUUCUGGAUACUGAGCUGAUAAGAAGACCUUUUGAUUUGCCCCUCAAGCCCCUUGUUCAUUCUGGCAGCCCUCACCACCAAAAGCCAGUACCCUUACUGCCACGAACAGAAGAAAGAGGAACAGAAAACCAGUUGGCAGAACCUUUCCUUGAGGAAAAGUCUUCAUCUUACCCUCUAACUGUUUCUCCUCAGCAUUUUGCAGUAAACCGGUUACUGCCUGCCACAGAUCCUCAUCCAAAGAUCAAUGUGGAAUCCCUGCCCUACGAUGAGAGGCCUCUUCCAGCUGUUCGCAAGCAGCAGGGGGAGGCACCAGGGGAGCCAGAAAUGAGUGAUGCAGACAUCAGUGAUGCUCGGAGAGGAGGCAUCUCAGGGGAUCCAGAGCCCUUAACAGAAAAAGCCUUGAGAGAAGCCAGCUCUGCCAUCGAUGUAUUAGGAGAAACCUUGGUUGCUGGGGCCUAUUCCAAGACAUGGUCCUAUCGAGAAGACGCACUGCUUGCCUUGUAUAAAAAGCUGAUGGAAAUGCCUGUGGGAACACCAAAGGAAGACUUGAAGAACACCCUGAGAGCAUCCAUCUUUCUCAUCAGAAGAGCCAUAAAGGACAUUGUGAGCUCAGUCUUUCAGGCUUCUUUGAAAUUGUUGAAGAUGAUAAUUACACAAUAUAUUCCUAAACAUAAACUGAGUAAACUUGAAACAACUCACUGUGUGGAAAGAACUGUUCCUGUUUUGCUCACUAGAACUGGAGAUUCUUCUGCACGCCUCCGUACUAUAGCUUCAAACUUUAUUCAGGAGAUGGCCUUGUUCAAGGAAGUUAAGUCUCUCCAAAUUAUUCCAUCUUACUUGGUACAGCCAUUAAAAGCAAACUCUUCAGUUCAUCUGGCAAUGAGUCAGAUGGACCUCUUGGCCCGGCUGCUGAAAGACCUGGGCACUGGGAACUCAGGCUUCACCAUUGACAAUGUGAUGAAGUUUUCAGUGAGUGCCCUGGAGCAUAGAGUAUAUGAGGUUCGAGAAACAGCAGUUAGAAUUAUUUUGGACAUGUAUAAACACCACCAGGCUUACAUUCUAGAGUACCUUCCUCCAGAUGAUAACAACACACGCAAGAAUGUUCUCUACAAAACAAUUUUUGAGGGAUUUGCUAAAAUAGAUGGCAGACCUUCAGACGCUGAAAUUAGGGCACAGAAAAAAGCAGCUACCGAAGAAGCAGAAAAGCAAAAGAAAGAAGAAAUUAAAGCUUUACAAGGGCAGUUGGCAGCACUAAAAGAAAUUCAGGCUGAAGUCCAGGAAAAAGAGAGUGAUACAGUGAGACCAAAGAACCAAGACCCUCAAGGAAGGAAAACAGCUCCAUCAGAUGCUCUGGAAAUUCCAGAUAACCAUUAUUUGGAUAACUUGUGUAUUUUUUGUGGGGAAAGGAGUGAAUUCUUCACAGAAGAAGGCCUGGAUCUCCAUUACUGGAAGCACUGUCUCAUGCUGACAAGAUGUGAACACUGCAAACAGGUUGUUGAGAUAUCCAGCCUAACAGAGCACUUGCUGACAGAAUGUGACAAAAGAGACUGUUUUGGAAAGUGUUAUCGCUGCAGCGAGGCUGUUUUAAAGGAUGAACUACCCAGACACAUCAAAGCAAAGGAUUGUAACCCUGCCAAAUCAGAGAAGUUGGCAAACCGGUGUCCUUUGUGCCAUGAGAAUUUCACUCCUGGAGAAGAGGCAUGGAAAGCUCACCUGAUGGGACCAGCUGGCUGCACGAUGAACCUACGUAAGACACACAUUCUACACAAGGCCCAGGCGCUGCAGCCAGGUAAAGGCUCAGUAAUGGCCAAGCCAGGUGCCUCAGGAUCAAAGGUUGGAAGCAAGAUCCCUACCCCAAAGGGAGGACUGAAUAAAAGCUCUAGCAGGACGUACACAAAGCGAUGAUGUGAUGUGACAGAAAUUUUGUCUCCUUUGUCUCCAUGGGAGUGAGCAAGUAGCCUGAUUGUAAACCAUUUCUCCCCAAAACUAUCUUUUGGACACAGCAACCCCAAGCUCCAUCCCUGCUGUCUAUCGGCACUCAGCCUCAUCCAGCCUCAGCUCCGGUAUAUACCAGUUUGUGGGACUGACCACAACCUGUGCCCCGAGUUGGGACCCCAGUGCACUGUGUGUGGCUUUCAGGUUCUUACUUCUCUGGCUUUGGGAGGAGCAGAAGAGUACCUGUGCUAUUUGAAGAGAACCAGAAAACCCUGCACAGGAGGAAUUUGAAAAGAGUGGACUGCGUCAGCCAACACAAGCAUAGCAUCUGCUUUUCUUAAUUGCUUGCAGUGAUUUCUAUAAAAAUUUCACUAUAACUCUUUUGCAUAUUGGUUUCUGUCACACAUGGUAGAAUUUCCACAGAGCUUUGGCUUAGCCAGGCAGUGGUCUCAGGAGAAUGAACAUCUAACUGUGCCUUUUUUCUCCACAGGCCCUGCCUGCUAGGUUUUCUGCCUAGUGCACUUAGCCACAGGGUAACAGGGUUUCAGUAUCUACAGAACUCAUGUUUCUCCUGUAACAUAAAAUAACAAUUAAAAAGAAAAGCUAAAAAAAAAACAUAGUUACUGAGACUUGGUCCCACUUCACGAAGCAUGCACCUUGCUAGAUGCCUCUUCACUAGUGCUCUAACAGACCUCGCCCCUAGCUGACCCCGACUGUGCAGUUCCACGAACUGAGGCCAACUCGUGUGUGAGUCUGUGUCAUGCCUGCCUUUGUUCAGAGGUGCUUUCAAAUCUCUAUACUUGUGAAUUCCUAAAAAUAACAUACCUAUUAUUAAAUCACUUACCUGACCAUGCGUGUCAAUCAGAACAACCCUUUCUUAAAACCUUACUUUUGAUUCUGGCAUGUAAACUACCUUCCACAUACCUUUGACAUACAGAAAUAGUCUUCAGCACCUAGAAUCUUCUUGGGUUAGCUCUGUUGUUCCAUCCCUUGGAAAUCCAUGUUGCAAUUGGAACUGUAAUUUUACUUUUUUCAAGCAGUUCAUAGGAUGUUUAAACACCAGAAUGUUUCUUUACAUGGUGAAAACAAACCUCAAAAAAUAGUCUCCUACACAGCUCCUAGCUAACCAUCUUAUCCUGUGGAAGUGAGUCUUAGUUUUUCUUCCAAUAGUUUUUGUUAGAUAUGCUUCAUAUUCAGAUAGUUGCCUGGAAAAACCAGUCUUCUGUCACUGCCUGCACUUGCCUAGGUGUAUCUACUACAAACUGAAGGACAGUUGGUCUUUCCUGUCCUACCUGUGACCAGGGCUUCUGCUUUCUUACUGAGCAUUUCAAAAGGCCAGUUAAGAAAUGCUUGAAUUGAUGAAAUUUGUAUUACAAUAAGCUCAUAAAUCUUUUUUUUUCUUUUUUUUGGAAAGGUUUUUGCUUUAGUCCCUGUGCGCUCACCAGACAGACAGAGAGAGACAGACAGAAAGCGAGAAAUC